GGGGGCGGGGGGGAGGGGGGGACACGCUAACUGGAAUAGAAUGGAAAGGGUUCCAAAAACAAACACUCCCAUCGUCAGUUUCUCUGGAGUGAAAACUCUCCACCAGCCACGUUAAAUUAAAAGGGUUUGAGACAGUUUAUUUCAAGAUGGCCCGGGAAUAGCCAGCCAGCCAGGCAGGCAGGCAGUCGGCCAGGCCAUCCCCCCCCCCCCCAGUUGCGCACCGUCAUGUCGCUGAGGCUCCUGCCCGCCAUCAUCAUGGACGACGAGGACGACGACGGCAACUUCACCAAGUGGAUGAGCAGCUAUUGGGGACACGGAGCUGAAGGAUGUGGCGGUGGAGGUGGAGGAGGUGCAGGAGGUGGAGGACACUCGCGCGAAAGGAAGCGAAGUUUUAGGAGACCUGCCAAGACCAGAGUUGAUAGAAGGGCAUCACUUCCCACUGUGUCUCAGCUAGACGCCAUGAAGCUGAACCGGUUGCACGCCGCCACCACGGCGCCGGCGCCAAGCCACGCCAAGAGCCGAGAGGAGAAGGGGGAGGUCAGACCCCACCAGGGGGCUCGGCGGACCCCUUCGGACGACAACGGACGCCCCAAGUCGGCCGUCCCGGAGAACCGCAUCGGCACGAUCCCGGAGCUGGCAGAAUCCUUCCAAAAUAGACUUUGUCUUCAAGAUAACUGCAGCUUGUCACUGAACGACGACGCCAAGCUGUGUCUGCUGUGUCAUGACAACAAGUACAAAAGCGGCGGCGGCGGCGGCGGCGGGGGCGUUCAAGAGCCGCACUGUGCACACGCCUUCCACAAGGAGGCCGCGCGCAGGUCCGGGCCGUGCGGCCCGCUCGGCGAUGGCGGCGAGAUGGCGGCGGCCUGCCUGGUGAGGAGUCUCCUGAGCGGCAGGAGGAGGUCGGCGGACGAGACACAACAGCAGCAGCAGCAGUACACGUUCCGGCGGCAGCUUUCUCUGCGCAGGCACCGCUAAAUUCUCGCCUGAACUCUACAGUGCAAAUUUGUCAGUGGCGAGCCGUGCAUUUUCUUCCCCUUCAGUGGGGAUAAUCCACCUCUUAAUACCACCACCAAAACAGGUCACCAUUAUUAUAAACCAUCAAUACUUUACAAAAAUGCAAUGUAACUGCACGCGACACGUACAUCAUCUGAAGAAGUGGGAAAAAAAACACACAAAAUAAAAAAAAUAAAUUACAAAAAAAAACAUGAUACUCACGAGGGAUGCUCAUUAUGAAAUUCAAGUGUUCAGAUCGUUAAAACGUGUUUUGUAUGCCUAUUACAAGUUUCGCUCUCACCAACCAAUCAGAUGAUGUCAUCAAAGGGCCAGCUAUUUGGGCCCGGGAGGAAGAAUUAGAAAUUUGAUCAGUAGGUACAGAAACAGUCCAAUUGCUCAUUGUUGAAGUUCCAUGGGCCAGGACGGCUGAUUGUGAAGGCGCUGGGCAGAUUAGAUUGACACGGCAACACAAAAAGGUUGCAAUCUUAUUGGACAAAGACAUCUGGCACCCACGUAGGUACUGGAAUCAGUGCAGCCAAGACAAACACUACCAAAUGAAGAGACUAGACUGUGCAUAAAUUCAUGCAAUUGCAUCGAACAAAUAUUUGAAUUUAAACCCUGACCCCUAUUCUACAGUGUAUAUUUCUACUGUUCAUUUUCACUUUAAUAGCAUGUUUCAGUGUUAAGUUGUGUCUAAUAAUGUGUGACCCCUGUUGUUCACUCCCAGUUCAGUGUUUGCGUUUGGUGCUGUAAAGAUAAGAAUUUUAAAAAAGUCAGUAAAAUGCCCACGUUCAAGUUAACCAGGAGAAACUGCUUGACUUUACCAACAGCCCCCGAAGCGAUGCCUCAAAACUACCACGUCAGAGUUGAGAUUGGAACCCAGAACCUUUUGCUUGUAAGGCACCGGGGCUAACCACUUUUCUGCCAGCUAUUCUACCUACACUAUUCAUAAUAAUAAAAAAAAUUGAUACACUGAUAUGAGUGACUGAGUCACUCAUUCCCUACUCCCUAAUUACUAUACAGGCAUUGUUCGUGGACUUUUUUUUUGUAGACUAUAUAAGCCACCGUAUAAAAAGAAGCCUAAAAAGUUAAAUACAACUUAACUGUUCUUAGGCAGCGAUUCUUUCCUUCGCUAUUUUCGGAUUAAUUCACUCAUUCCCUGCCCCACAAACACGACAUAGGGAUUUUUAGUGGGCUUUUAUAUAGUCUACUAUAAUAAAAAUGUCAUUAUAAUUAUUAGGGAGUAGUGAUCAUGAAUGAUUCUCAACACAGCCCAGGUGUCUGGGACAACAAUUAGUUCAUAUAUUAUUACUUUAAAGUAAUAGUUUCUCUGUAUUCUUGUUAUAUAUAAGUAAAUGUAUUCAUAUUUUUGGAAAUAAACGCGUUUUUAUUCCUAA